AUGGCUCUUCUUCCAUCUUCUUCUUCUUCUUCUUCUUAUUUCCACAAAACUAUCUACCAUACCUCAUCCAAACUCUUUCAUCCCUACCUUCAUCUUCCUCGAUUCAACCCCAUCACUCUUACUUCACCUUCUUUCAAUCCACUGACUCACUCAAAGCAGCACCUAAACCUCAAAACCAGCUACUCCAACCUCUUUCUUGUUUCAUACAGGUAUUUCACAAAAGAAGAAGAGGAUGAAGAAGAGCACAGCUUUGAUGAAGCAGUGACUCUAUUUAAUGGUGGAGAGUACUACAAAUGUCAUGACUACCUUGAAUCCCUUUGGCACAAUGCUCAAGAUCCCUCAAGAACAUUAAUUCAUGGCAUUUUGCAAUGUGCUGUUGGGUUUCAUCACCUCUUCAAUCAGAACCAUAAAGGUGCGAUGAUGGAGCUGGGAGAGGGACUAUGUAAACUGAGAAAGAUGGAAUUCUCUAAUGGACCGUUUCUUAUGUUUGAGAAAGAUAUUUCAGAAGUUUUGGAAUUUAUCUACAAGACACAGAUAGAGUUAGCUGCGUGUAGUGAUGAUAUUUGUGUUGCAAUGGAUCAAUCGGAAAGAUCGUACCAACUUAUGGGAGAAUAUGCUGCAGGGAAACGUGUAUAUGAUCUAGAACUCGGUCGUGAUGCAUCGGUGUACAUUGUGUUAUGUUCUCAAGGGUCUAAUGGCGCCACUGAAGUUCCAAGGGUAAAGCUUCCCAGGCUUAAUGCUACCUCAGAACAUCUUAUAGCCUAUGAAUACAAGCCACCAGGGCAAUGA